ACUGACAGUUGACAAGUAGACAGUUUUAGUUUAUAUUAGCAAUGGAGCCUGAAACUAACAAAAAUAAAGGUUUUUCCAAGGAUGAGACGUUAUGCCUUCUCUCAUUAAUUGAGGGAAGUAAAAUUAUAAAUAAGGGAGCGAAAGCCACCAGCAACAAAUUAAUAAAUGAAGAAUGGCAACGAAUCACCAUCGCCCUUAAUGCCUUGAUGGGAACCUGUCGCCGUUCGCCUCAACAAUUGCGUUUAAAAUGGGAAAAUUUAAAAAUCAACUCACGAAAGCGUACUACUGAAUUACGAAUGGAACGGAUCAAGAUGGGAGGCGAAUCUCCAGAUUGCUUAGCGUCGGAUGAAAUCCUGGAUAGAGUAGCAGCCUUGCUAGGCUGCACUGGACAGGGACUAACAGCAAAUAUUGAUGGUGAUGUAACCCAAGCAAUUAUUGGUGACGGGAUUGUUGUGGAUGAUAGUGGCCAAUGUAAAACAGGUGUCAAGAGAAGAUUAACUAAUGCUGACAAUGGGGUAUGGGCAAGAAAUGUUGCUAUAGCGGAGUAUUAUAAUACAAAAAAAAAGUUUUUAGAUUGUAAGCUAGAGCAAAUUAUGUUAGAAAAUGAUAAGUUAAAAUUAGAAAUUAAGAAGCUUCAGGAGGAAGAUGAACCUUAGAAUUUAAAUAAAAAUGUUAGUAUUAAUUUUAAUUAUGCUUAUGUUAAGUAUUAUUUUAUUUAUUAAUA